GAGGCGUCCGCGCAUGCGCCGCGCCGUCCCGCUCUUGUUUGACCGUUUCCAUGGCUACGCAGCGGGUCCGCGGAAUGUCCCGGGGCGAGAAAAUGAAGCUCAAGAGCCUCCUGCUCCGUUAUUACCCGCCAGGAAUUAUGUUGGAAUAUGAAAAGAGUGGAGAAUUGAAGACCAAAUCCUUAGAUUUGCUUGAUCUCAGUCCCAGUACUGAUGUGAAUGCCUUAGUAGAAGAGAUACAGAAAGCAGAACCUCUAAUCACAGCUUCCCGUUCAGACCAAGUAAAACUUUUAAUACAGAGGCUACAAGACAAACUGGAGCAGCACAGCAACCACCAAUUCUAUCUUUUUAAGGUUCUCAGAGCACACAUACUGCCACUGACUAAUGUUGCACUUAAUAAAUCGGGUUCUUGCUUCAUCACAGGAAGCUAUGACCGGACAUGCAAACUCUGGGACACAGCGUCUGGAGAGGAGCUUCACACCCUGGAAGGUCACAGGAACGUCGUUUACGCCAUAGCAUUCAACAAUCCUUAUGGUGACAAAAUUGCCACUGGGUCCUUCGAUAAGACUUGUAAACUGUGGAGUGUAGAAACGGGAAAGUGUUACCAUACUUUUAGGGGUCAUACAUCAGAAAUAGUGUGUUUAUCAUUCAAUCCUCAAAGCACAUUGGUAGCUACUGGAAGUAUGGACAAAACGGCCAAACUGUGGGACAUUCAGAACGGAGAGGAAAUAGUCACGCUCACGGGACAUUCGGCCGAAAUCAUCUGCUUAUCCUUUAACAUCUUGGGGAAUAGAAUCAUCACUGGGUCUUUUGACCACACCGUUGCAGUAUGGGACGUUGAGGCUGGAAGGAAGGUGUACACGUUAAUUGGGCAUUGUGCUGAGAUCAGCAGUGCCUUAUUCAACUGGGAUUGUUCUCUGAUACUAACUGGCUCUAUGGACAAAACCUGCAUGCUGUGGGAUGCUACAAAUGGAAAAUGUGUGGCAACAUUAACAGGCCAUGAUGAUGAAAUCCUAGACAGCUGUUUUGAUUACACUGGAAAGCUUAUUGCAACUGCUUCGGCCGAUGGAACAGCAAGAGUUUUCAGUGCAGUCACAAGAAAAUGCAUCACCAAACUGGAAGGUCAUGAAGGGGAGAUUUCAAAGAUUUCUUUCAACCCCCAAGGGAACCGUCUUCUCACGGGCAGCUCUGACAAAACAGCGAGAAUCUGGGAUGCUCAGACUGGGCGAUGCCUCCAGGUGCUUGAAGGGCACACUGAUGAAAUCUUUUCAUGUACUUUCAACUAUAAAGGCAACAUAAUCAUUACAGGCAGCAAGGAUAAUACCUGUAGGAUAUGGCAUUGACUGAAGGAAGCCGGUUGAUGAGCAAGGAGACAAGAACUGGAACUUCACAGAGGGCAAGCCAGCUAUUUUGAUAUUUCAUAUGUUUUUUCUUUUCUUUUUCCCCCACAAAUUGACUGUUUAUACACUGUCCUAAGCCCCACAGACAAGACCAUUAAAAUUGAUGAAGUUACAUCAUUUCUUGAUAUUAUUUGAUAGAGAUGACUGGAAACGGCAUAAUGUUUGGCAAAUGUCACUGGUGAUUUCUAUUUUGUUUAUUUUUUAAUAGCAUCAUGAGACUGAUAAAUGAAAUCAGAGUACUUUAACAAUGUGUCUCCUACAUUGUGCUUUGAAGGCUAUUAUUAUCAUUUCUGUGGAAUAAAAUUUUCAGGGAAAAUGCAUUGUGAAUUAUACAUCUAUAUUUAUGAUAUAUGUUUUUAUGGGGACAUGUAUGUUAGGAAUUUGAUUAGAAGUUUUAUUAUUUAGUUAAUUAUUUUACCGUUUGCAGCUAAGAAUGAAAAAGGCAAUUGCGGAAGAGAAGCUUAAUCUUUCUUCUCUCAUAUUCAAGAAUAUAUCCCUCUUGACUCCCCCAAAUGUUGAGGACCUACACUGAAUGAAACUAGGGCAGAAUAUAGGGAAAAUAAAAUGGAUCUCAUUUAAUAGCAAAUGUAUUCUGCACUCUUAGUGGGCUGAAAAAAAUGUAGGCAGGUUUAUCUAAAAGGAAAAGUGAAACAGAAUAGACAUUUGGACUCUGAAUUUAAAAACCUGUGUGAAAACCAAUUGAGGUCCUAGAGAAAACCAUCACAUACCAGCCUGAUUGCAGCUGAGAUACUAAGAAAUGCUUUUUUUUUUAACUCAUUCAACUCAACUCCAAAACAACAAACAACCCAAUUUAAAAAUGGACAGAGGACAUGAAGAGACAUUUUUC